AAAUAUUGAUGAUUCUAAUGAUACACAAACAAUUCUAAUCGCGCAGCAAAAUGCGAUUACCUAUCAAACCAGAUUACCUCAGAAACCAGAUUGGCUAAAAUGUUCAAAUUAGAAUUUAAAUCCUUUGAAGUGCUGAAUACUUCAUGUUGUAUCCAUAUUGCGCCCAUUCUCUCCACCAAUCAAAUAUCAAAUUUAUUUCGCGCGCUUUUUGAUUUACAUAUCUUUUAUAGCUUUCAUAUAUCUGAAAAGCACGAUUAUAAAGCAGAAAAAAAACUAAAAGAAAGCGGGAUGGCUACCGACAGCGAGAAGCUGCAAGGAAGUGGUCGUGAUACUGAAGAGAAUGAAGCUACGAUAUCGGAAGGAGGAAUGGAUCUGGAGACAGAUGACAUGGAUAAGAAAAAUGACAAGAAUGUGCCAUUGUUUGAAGGGAAAUGUCAUCAUUGCAGCCUAAAAGGUCACAAAGCAUUUCAAUGCACUGAAGACAAGAAGAUAAGAAAUGAUUUUAAAGGAAGUUGUUAUAAUUGUGGCCUUAAAGGCCACAAAGCGAGAGAGUGUCGCAAAUCUUAUAAUCGAGAUGGAAACAAAAGAAAGUGUUUCAAAUGUGGAAAGGUGGGGCAUUUGGCCAAAGCCUGUAGAUCCAAGUCAUCCAACAUCAAGCCCACACUAAAACAUAUACUACAGAACUGUACAAGCUGCACUAUGAACUUCAGUGCAUCCACUCUACCCAACAAAGAUUAAGAUUAAGGGUAUAUUCUAAUGAUUCCAGGAUCAUUAUGUAUUGUAAUAUUCGACAUUCUUGGUUUCCUGAAGUAUGCAAAA